AUGAGUAACCCCCCCUGUCCUGUGCUCCAUGGAGUUCACACCCCCUCCGUCCCCUGUGCGCAUGGUAACCCCCCUCCGUCCCUGUGCUCCAUGAGUAACCCCCUCCGUCCCCUGUGCUCCAUGAGUAACCCCCUCCGUCCCCUGUGCUCCAUGAGUAACCCCCCUCCGUCCCCUGUGCUCCAUGAUAACCCCCUCCGUCCCCUGUGCUCCAUGAGUAACCCCCACCGCUCCCUGUGCUCCCAGAGCCCCAGCUCUGUCCCUGUGCUCCCAGAGUCCCAGGUCCAUCCCUGUGCUCCAGAGUCCAGCUCCAUCCCUGUGCUCCAGAGUCCAGCUCCAUCCCUGUGCUCCCAGAGUCCCAGCUCCAUCCCUGCUCCAGAGUCCGUCCUCCUGUGCUCCCAGAGUCCCAGCUCCAUCCCCUGUGCUCCAGAGUCCCAGCUCCUCCCUGUGCGCCACAGUCCCGCUCCGUCCCUGUGCUCGAUGCUUCUGCCCAUUAAUCUGCUGUACUUUAUUGGGCUUGGGUUAGUAGGUGCAAAGGACAUCACCGUAAAGGCAUUAGAAAUUGUAAAGCAAUGAAUUUGUGUCUACCAGGAAGCCUACACGUCCAUAUUGACAGUUGGCAAAGAUGCACUGGAGGACUAUGGACGGAAGCUGAUACUGGCCGACAGGGACAUGGUGAAACAGAAGGCUGAUGAGCUCCUGAAAGAGUCUGAGGUCAGUGAUGUGGAAUUUCUUGUGGUGGGAGAUCCAUUUGCCGCCACCACCCACAGUGACAUGGUCCUGAGAGAAGUGAAUGCUGGAAUACAAUGCAGGGUCAUCCAUAAUGCCUCCAUGAACGCAGUUGAAUGCUGUGGCCUCCAGCUGUACAACUUUGGAGAGACGGUGUCCAUUGUGUUCUGGACAGACACCUGGAGACCGGAAAGAUUCUAUGAUGAAAUCAAGAAGAACAGGGACUUAGGGAUGCACACACUAUGCCUGAUUGGUGAGUGCUACAAUUUAUUUGAAGUUAUCAAUACAAACAUCCAGAUUUACAAAGUGGAAAAUCUGUACAGAGUAGUAUGCAUACACUUACUGGACAGUUUUAGGUAUAGCACCCCGUUCAUAGAUCCCAUUAGUGAMGAGAAGAUAUGCGUGGGUCCGGCCAGGGUGGGAGCCGAGGACCAGGCCAUCCGCACGGGGACGCUCUGCCAGCUGGCGUCUUGUGACCUGGCGGCCUGCUACACUCCACGAUCGUGA